UUGACUUCUUUCCUGGGUUGACUGCCUCAUGACUCUGGACCUGUCUGGUGAUCUGGACUGCUGGCUGAUCCUGCUCAACAUCACUGGAUCUGUGCUACCUUUCUUGCUCAGGCUACAAGGGUCAAUGUUGGGAAACAGCCACAAGCAGAAGGCACCAGCGGAGCAGAGGAUGGCAUUGAGACUCCACUAGCUUUGCUGCUGGAAAGAACCACUACAUCUCACAUUUUUCAGUGGUACUGCCUUCUUGCUUUCAUCUGCGGUUCGUCACCAGAGUUCCCAGAGCACGUCACUGCAGCAAGGACUUGUUGCCAAAACAUCUCUGACUUCACCCCCAUGGCCUGAAGUGAAACUUCCAGAUCCAGUAGAAGAAGCGAAGUAUCAUGCAGAAGUGGUACAAAAGGUGAACAAGAUGAUCGCAACGGGGCAGUACGGAAGACUCUUUGCUGUGGUCCACUUUGCCAGCAAGCAGUGGAAAAUAACCGGUGAAGACUUGAUUAUGAUGGACAAUGUACUGGAGGCUGAAUGUGGAGACCGAAUCCGGAUGGAAAAGGUUUUGCUGGUUGGUGCUGACGACUUCACGCUUAUUGGAAGGCCACUUCUCGGGAAAGAUCUUGUCCGUGUGGAGGCUACUGUGAUUGAAAAGACAGAGUCAUGGCCAAAAAUUAACAUGCGCUUUUGGAGGAGGCACAACUAUCAAAGGAAGAAAAUCAUCGUGAACCCACAGACCGUCCUUCGGAUAAACACCAUAGAAAUUUUCCCCCGUUUGUCAUGAUUGAUUGCUUGGGUGUUGUGUGGCUUAGGUUUAUUAUUGCUUUAGGCAAUUAUGGAAAUAAAACUGCCUUGUCAUUGGAAA